AUGAACGGCAGUUUGAUCGAUAUCUUCGAAAACCCUUACUUUGAUGUUAUUACCAUCUAUAAAAUUGCUGGUCCAAUCGUGUUCAUCAUCAACCUGGCCGGUAUCAUCAUCGUGUACCGUAAGACACCGCCCGAGAUGCAGGACUACUCUUUUUGCCUCAUGUGUCAUUUGGUGAUCGGUCUGCUUCACGAGACGGUAUGGACAAUGUUGCUGUGCCCUCGAAUGUACACGCCAUAUAUCAUGGGAUCAGCCCACGGACUGCUAACCAACCUUUUUCACCUCGAUAUUCAUAUACAGCAAUCUAUCGGGCUGUUUCUCGUCCAAGCUCAUACUUGCACCGUGGCGCAUCUCAUCAUAUUUCGCGCAAACUCGGUGUUACCGUACGAAUCUCCCUGGAAAUUGGAGAAGGCCCAGUUAAAUCGUUUCUUCGCGGUAAUGUACCUCCUCAACGUGAUGCCAAAUUUCAUCGUCCAAUUCUUCGUGGCCUGGGGCAAUGAUGGGAUGGCCGAGGGGCAUGCUUUUGUUCUGGUCACCAGGCGCAGAACUGUGUACCCGACCAUCGCCUGCUACUCGACGUGGGGCUGUUGGAUGGCGAUGUCGAUAAUCUUGGAAAUUCAGCUGCCCAGCACUGGUGUGCUAAACGACCUGGCGUGCCUCCUCUUCGGCUUUCACAACCCGUUCAGCGUGUUUUUUGCCCUGAUCUUGAACAACGUCUAUAGGGAGUCGCUGAUUGGCCCCUUCAGAUUAGGCAUCCCGUUCCUAAAAUCCCGUCUUUUCGGGAUCACCUCCGAUCUGCCGACCCACAUCCCCAUGGCAAUUCUGAACAAUUCGCAAGGAUCCGAUAUUUCUCAAGAUGGAGGGCAGCCUCCAGUGGAGAUUCGACAGCCAAGAAGCCUUCUAGCAAUUUUAUUGAGUUUUGUUAGGAGA